AUGCCUCCAGCACGAUCACGGGCAAACCCUGCCAAUGACGACUCCCGUUCGGAUACAAGUGUAGGCGGUGGAUCACGCGAAAAAGCAUCCACAGCUGAGAAGCGUCGACAGGCACUGGGAGCAGCAGCAGCAGCAGGGCUUGCGUCAGAAAAGUCGCUUCUUGCUCCUGCUACCACGAACGCGAACGGAACUCACGCCCAUGAAGGGAUCGAGGGUAUGGGCUGGCAAGGCAUCGAUCUCGACACACUCCACAGGUAUCGUCACGCGUACAAGCUCCAAGUUCCUUCUGCAUCGGGUGGAUUCAACAACACAGUACUCUCUACGGGCAUUGGAAGGAAGGCACCCAGUCGAUCAAGGACCAGGAGUAGUCGAGAUGCGUUAGCGACUGCUGUGAGGAAAAAUUUCAAUGCGCAGCCGAUCCAGGAGAACGACGUUAUCGUCAACUUCUUGUAUUCAGUCAAAAAUCAGGAUAAGCACUUCCGAUUAAGAUUCCCUCCACCGUUCGCGAAAAAGCAUGAUUCAUAA